ACUUUCUUUUAGUCAAGAUGAGUGAUAAACCAGACUUAUCACAAAUGGAGAAAUUUGACAGGUCAAAACUGAAGAAAACUAAUACUGAAGAAAAAAAGAUACUCUUCCUUCAAAGGGAGCUAGCCAGCAGGAGAAAGAGAAAGAGUGUUCAAACAUCAUAAAAUGGGGAUCUCCUCCUAAGAGCAAAUUUCAACAUUGCCUGAGAGUCUUGGUUUUAGGUUUGUUUUCUGUAUAUCUAUGUGUUUGUAGAGAUUUGAGUCAUCUUAGGAUGCCUUCUCAUCUAUAUUUCUUGGCUAAGAGGUCAGGGAUAGUGAAUGUUUCCUUAAGAUAGUUUUAAAGUUUACUAUUGGUGUG